CACGAGAUACAAAACGGAGUUGUCCGUAUAUUAUAUUUUGUAGCGAUCAAGAGAGACUAAGGCAGACAUGUGAGAGAGGAGAGGAUCCUAUAAACAAUUUAUUCUAAGAUCUCGGCUUCCUCCUUUUCAUAUAUAUAUUGCAUAUACACACAUAUUUCCUCUGCAUAGAAAAGAGUAGAAACCAAUCAAGAAAGCUUGAUACGAAAGUAAGAGGCUGAUAACAUCAAGCAUAGAAGAAGAAUGGAUCCGAGGGAAAAGAAGAGAGGUUCUUUGAAAGAGAAGUUUCAAUUGCUUCGUUCAGUCACUAAUUCUCAUGCAGAAAAUGAUACAUCGAUCAUAAUGGAUGCAUCAAAAUAUAUCAAAAAGCUUAAGAAGAAAGUUGAAAGAUUCAAGGAAGACAAUACGGCAGGGCAAUCUUCAAGCGAGCCCACAGAUCCCACCACACCAAUGGUAACAGUGGAAACCCUAGAAAAGGGUUUUAUGAUAAACAUAUUCGCAGGGAAGAAUCAGCCAGGCAUGCUUGUUUCGGUAUUAGAAGCCUUUGAGGAUAUUGGGCUUAACGUUCUCGAAGCUAGGAUUUCAUGUACCGACUCCUUUAGCUUGCAUGCCAAUGGAGUCGAGAAUGAAGAUGGAGAUGGUAUGGAUUCUGAAGCAGUGAAACAAGCAGUGACAGAUGCAAUCAGAAGUUGGAGUGAAAGCAAUGAUCUACAGAGCUAGAUUGACCCACAUUUUCUUUAAUUCUCUUUAUUAUAUUUUAUUUAUGCAAAAUAUAAUAACAGAAUUUCUAUAGUAAUUUUACUUCUUAGUUUCUCUGUUCAACUUGUAUCCCAGAAUUUUCCCUUAUAAAAGGGAUAGUGAAGAAAAAUCAAUUGUAUGUUACUACUA